GGUUUGAAUCGAAACCAGCUUAAGCCAUUUUGGGCCAUAUUAGUAGUUACACUUUGUUAUCUUGUUAAAGAUUUAAAUUUCUGGCUUAUUUAUUAAGACCUUAAACUACUUAGUAUGUCUGACCCCUGGCAACACGAGGAAUCGUUCGCCGUCACGAACGCGCAUAUGCUGAGUGAUGACAUAUUAUGUGAUGUCAAUAUCCUGGCGGGGGAGGAGAGACAGGAAGUGAGAUGUCACCGAUUCAUGCUGGCCAGCCGCUCACCGGUUUUCUACACGAUGUUUUGUGGCUCACUUCCGGAAGAAGGCGUGGUGAAAAUACCAGAUGUGGAGGCAGACGUCCUCAGAACAGUCGUCAGGUUUAUGUACACGGGGGAAAUACAGUUAAUGCCUGAAUCUGUCAUGGCCGUGAUGUACGCUGCAAACAAAUAUGACAUUCAACCAUUGAUAAACCGCUGCAAGACAUUUCUUGAAAAAACAAUUGCAAUCGAUAAUGUCUGCGUCAUUCUUGACCAAGCUUUGAAAUUCGCGGAAGAUGACUUGGUUCAACAGUGCCUGUCCUUUGUAUCAAAAACCACUGACCAAGUAUUUCAGAGUAAUGGGUUUUUGUGUAUGUCUUCGGAAGCUUUGAAGUUGAUUCUUGAGAAGGAAAAAGAAACGCAAAACCUACCACCUGAAGACGUGUAUGCAUCAUGUAGGAGAUGGGCGAAACAAGCGUGUUCUUCGUCAGGGACUGAGGUGACUGACCAAGUUCUAAGACAGAAACUUGGAGACCUGAUUUGUCUUGUUGAUUUUGCGGGAAUGUCUUAUGAAUCGUUUACUGACAACGUAGUGAAAGAAACGAUUUUAUCUGACAAGGAAAAGGUCAAGUUCAUGACAGAAAUACGACAACGACAAAAGAAAGGGCAAAAUUUAAUAUCAUUCGUUGUUGAGAGAUUUUCGGAGGUUGAACGAGGAUGGAAUCAUACUGGUUUGCAAGAUGGUAUAAGUUUCAAGACUUCAAAAUAUGUUAAACUGUCGGGGGUAGUAGUACCGCACCAAAGUGGAAGUUUGAGUGGCCCAUUGGAAAUCCUGGAAGAGCAGACAGUCGUAUUGACCCAGAACGUACCCCUUUCCUACAAAGAAAACGAAACACAUGAGAACAUUUCCCUUGUCAAUAGAGUUCACAUUCACCCGGGAGUGACGUAUUCUGUUCGCCAGAUGCUAUCAGGGCAAAAAUCAUAUUACGGUUGUAAUUAUAAAGGUAAGCAGAGUGUUAAUGGUAUAGAAAUAGAAUUCAUGGAAUUGGUUUCUGGUAAUUCAGAAAAUUCCACAUCUUUAACAAAUGGCCAGAUACAUGGUCUUACGUUUGUAGGUUGGUGUGGCAAUGAGUGUGUCAAAACGCAUGACUGAACUGAACGUAUCAGAGCAACAUAGUGCAGGCAUGAACACAAAAUAUAAGUUGGGUUUAGCUACCAUAUAGCAUAAUAUUUUUUAACCUUAAAAUUCUGACUAUCGAUAUGCACGUUGCACAUGACAAAAUGAUUAUAAGAGAUUGUAUUUUGCAGUUAUUUGUUGUGGCCAGCGGAUGUAUAACUCAUACCUUAGAUCAGAGACAUUAUGCUUACACUUUGGUAUGUAAUAAUACCUCAAAACUGUCUUGAUUUUGAGUGUUGUUUUACUGCACACAUUUAUUUGCUUUACAUUAGUUGUGCCCAUUGGCAAUAUCGAAUGAAGAAACAUGUGACAAUUCUUUUUGCAAUAUCCUGUUUUUUGUUUUAAAUGUCUGUACAAUUGAACAAUAAAGUGUU